UUAUUCCUAUUAAUUAUUAUUAUUAUUAUUAUUACCAGCCUGGACCGCCGGCAGCGGCACUAAGCCGGCGCGGCCCAAGGGCAAGCCCUGGCGAGGAGGACGAGGUCAAAGAGCAAGCGAUGUGAAUUCCCUCGUCCCAAAACCAUGGCGGAGGGGAAGGGGAAAACACAGCCAGCAGUAGAGCCGGCUCUUUGCCGAGUCCGAACCCCGGCGAGCAGGAGUGGUCAGAAAGGAAAAUAAGCAGAACGGGCUGUAAGGGCAGAGGGAGCAGAUGAGGGGAAGGUGCAGUGUCUGGGAUAGCUUCAACUCCCACCCAGAAAGGGGGAAUUUAUUUUUUUUUCAGGCUGCGGGGCUGCUGGCACUCCCGGACACAGGCUGGCACCGCAGGUGAUAACAUCACCCCAUGCCUAUCUUGUCCCAUUGGGAACCAACAGGCCAAUUCCUCCUCCCCACUCCCAGACUCGUGGAAGCAUGAUUUUCAAACCAUAGCCUGCUGCUGUAAACCUUUAAUUUAACAAACUAAAAUAUUACAAGGUGUUACUAUAAUCUACUGGGACCUGUUGCUGUAAAGUGAUUUUGACAAUAUCAAAACACAAGGAAAGCUCAUGUAGCAAAGUCAAAACUAUGUAGUAAAAAAAUGAACAUUUUAAUCUGAAGUGUCAACUCUGUUUUUAAUUUAUAUCUUACGAUAAUUGAAAUUCAGUUUGGGCUUGUUUCUCAUUUUCAUUUAAAAGUUACAUUCAGAAGCCAUCAGGUGCUUGCUUCUGCUCUGGAAACAUUCCCACACUUGCCUGUGCUUUCUCCUCAGCAAAAAUUAGCACCAUUUGCCUUCUUCAUUGAAGCCCUCCAUGCUGGAGAGGUUUCAGCAGGUUGGGUUUCCCCCACACAGCCCAAGGUCACAUCGUACAGACUCAGGGAUGUUACAGCUCCUUGUUUUCCAUUAAGGAGUCCCAUGGGGCUGGAGGCGUGGGCCUACCAGUACCAUUUUAGCAUCAUAAUCAUCAUAUCCGUGAGUGAGCACAGCUUCCCUGCGAUUUAAUUUACUGUUCAAACAAGCACAAGCCUCACAGAACGUCUGCCCUCCAGUUACUCUAGAGGUAGUUCAGAGACACCAGCUUCCUAAAAGAGAUUCAAGGACAGCCGAAUAAAGCAAUACAAAAAGUCCUGCUGAUUUCCAAAUCCCAACCACGGGAAAUCUGAAGAAAUAGUGACACGUCACUAGCACUACAUGGAGAUAAAGGAACACAUACACCCCCCAAAAAACCCCAAUACCAAACUUAAGUCUAACUGGUGGUGGGAACUUGCAGUUUUACUGACCAAAGUCCCACCAAUGUCAGUGUGACAGAGAAACGGCAGAGCUAUCUUGGCAUCAAGUGCCCUACAGCAUUCCUGAAGUUUUUCAUAAAUGAGAAAAUAGCUGUCAACUUCUUACUGCUUAGAGACCCCAGCAUUUUUAAACAUGGGUGCUGAUUCCUGCAGAGCAGAUUCAAGUCCCAUUUCAAGAGUCUUUCUUCUCUCAUUUACAUUUAGCAUCUCCUUCAGAAGUCAUCCCAGAUCUCCAGAAGCCCAUGGAUCACCAGUUAAAUACUUUCUUACACACCAGUAUAUGCUUCAUAGCCUAGAAAACCUAGCACAACCGGGCAGGCAGCCAGAGUCUGUCUUCAGACUUUUUUUUGACUGGCAUGACUUCACAGCAUCCCUUUUAUUUAUUUAUAUGAGGUACUCUUGUGACAGAAUGGGGAAGAUAUACACAGAGAUGUUAAGUAUCUGUUCAGCUCUUCCCCAUCAUCUGUAUCAUGCUGGCACAGCGCCUUGCAGAAAGCACUGGAGCCUAUCCAUUUGCAUCCUUGGCUAGGAGUGCAUUGCUAAUCAGGGUAGAACGCACCGCCGGUGCAUUCCUGUAUUCCUAUAAGCAAGUCCUUGGGAUGUCAUGCAUGCUACUCAUAUAUAUGUAAUUAGUGCAUCAGUAUUUAUGCCUGAAUAUGAAAUGCAGACAGAUGUGUGUAGUACUUACUGACGUACCUCCCCCUGAGGAGAGGUAUAAACAGGGAGGUGACUGAAACGAUGUAAAAGUUCAUACACAUCUCUGAGGCUGCUCACUCAAGGACGUGCUCUGGGAAUCAAGUGUGCAGACUGGAGUGCACACUCCUCAUUCUAACUGCAGUCCAGUCUGUGCUCGUGCUUACUCCAGUCUCCUGCAGAAUUCUUCAUUCUCCUGCUUCACAGGCAUAUAUUGGAACUAUUUCCAAUCUCUCGUGACAAGGGACUGGGAGAGAAGGAAGGCACAGACAAAGCAGGUUGUCCUGUGUUCUUCACAAUACAGAACUGUGCUGUGAGGAAUUAAAAUAUUACUUCCUACAUAUAAAACAAGCGAGUAUGAGUUGGGAAGAGAGCACUGCAGAAAGACAAAAGCAGCAGAAUGAUGUGUAAGAUCAUGGGAAAUCCUUCUUGAACAAAUGGAGAGAAAAGCAGCCCAGAUGUUUGUGAACUCCAGAAGAAGCAAGUGUGGCAGGGACAAACCCAGUUUCCCACUCUCUGCCAUAACACCUCAUAUUAGGGUGACUAAAGCAACCAAGAAAAAAAAAAGGCAGUUUAGCAUGAUGUGAAAUUAUGCUGUGCUCAUUUUUCUCUUUAACUUUAUUUUCAGUUUUGUAAUUAGCAGUUCAUUGUGUGCUCUGCUAGAAUCACAGUGUUUCAUUUUCAGCACAGAGUGACUCAGGCAAGCAGCACCUCUGAAUAGCAAGCAGAGUGCCACAGACAAACUCCUGGGUGCUCAGGGCUACCAGGCCAUACUCCCCAUCUCCCUGAUGCUGUCAAGUGGGCAGCCACAGAUAGGUUUUCCUCUGUGGGGUGUUAGCCAAAACCCUCUUCUCCUCCAGCCCUUGAGAAGGAAUGACACAGCUCCCAGGCUACUGUCACCACUGAUACCCCGCCCGCCAUCUAGUUUUCUGGAAGCAAAAGUUAACUUUGCCUUUCUCUGCGUGAAGAAUGGGGUGUGAUGCACACACAUACACAUUAAAUUCCUUGUUUAAAAUCAAAUCCUUUGCCACAAGAAUAUUUUAAUGACAUUUUUUGUCAGACGCCAUAGAUUGCUUCCUCUGUAUCCUGGGAAACAUUUGCCCCCAGUUUUCAGGCAAGCAGCCUGUCCCUGUGCUAUCGGCCUACUCCAAAACUUCAAGACAGUGAUAGAAAGAGGAAAAAACCCAACAAAACCCAACACCUCUAACUCUCCCACGCUGAUUUUAGUACACAUUAUGUAGCUGGUAGACUAGGCUUUUGUACCAGAGGAGAUUACCCAGGAUCUGCAGUAGCACAGACAAGGAUGUGCAUGUAUUCUGCUGCCUAUAAAUAGGCUCUCCACUUAACAAAAACACAACCCAAACAGGCAGCUGUUAACAACUAGACCACAGAGUCUAGGCAGCAAUUGCUGCUUGCUGAAUAAAUCUGUGCAACCUACUCAUGCUUCAAUUGGCAAAUGAUGUACAGAUUAAUGUUUGAUGAGAGGUGAUAAUAUUAACAUGAUCUCUGAAGAGGCAGGAGUGAAACAUGCUAAGCAUGAAAACAAUCUUUGAACUGCUGCUCAGCAGGGCUGCGAGUGGGGCUUUCCAGAAGCAAGGAUUUUAACUCACAGCUUGCCACUGGCACUUUGGCAAGAACAGUGGGGACUGUCAAAGAGAGGAAGGCCAUCCCCACACCUAGGGGACUGUCUUUGGCUUGAGGCUUACCUCUCUUUGGUGAUCAGUUGACUGGUUAUGUACUAGAGAUUUAGCAGUACCUGGAAUAGCUACAGGGGUAUUCCAAGAAUGAAUGUACUAAAGACAGGACAAGCCCAACUCUUCUUCUAGCCCUAGAUACAGUCAUUGCAGGGCAGACUCGGGUCAGGGAACAGGAAUGCAGACAAAAGUCUGCAUUAUGCUAAGCUCAGCUGAGUCUGACAGUUUUACAGGAACCAGCCCCCAAAGCUGUACUGUGGGUACUCUGCAAGAAAAGUAGAGUUUGAUUGGGUCAUGGGAGAGCCAGUGAUUCUGGAGAACACUUUCUCCUUGGUGCAGACUACUUGCCAGCAGUCCAGAACCUCAGUGCCAUUCCAAGUCUAAUGUGUUGACCUGACUAAGGCAGGACAGAGAUUCACAAGGCCAACCUGGUUUGAGUUCCUAAUUUAAAAAAACAGCCAAACAAAACACCAUACCUCCAAAACCCAAACAAACCAACAGCAUCAAAACCAACUCCUUCAGCAAAAUGUCCGAAACCUGCCUUAAGGCAGAUUUUGAUAAUCAUUUGGUCCAAAAGGCUGAGCAAGAUGAGCCCCACAGUUUGGUAGGGGCCCUCUUAUAGAGAACACAGUCCUUCUGCAGAAGCUGUGCCAUGACAAACUGGUGGCUGACACACAUGGACUUCAUUUCAGUUCUGUGGCUGAGCUGGAGCUGAAGCUGCUGAUUCAUCUGGCUUGUAUCACCUGUGCCAGAAGGUCUACACUCCUGGCAGGAACAUCUACUUUUAAGUGUUUGAACCAGCCACACAACAGCCUCAUCACAUGAAACAGCAGCUUGGACAUGAGAAUAUCCAUGUAAAUAAAAUACAGCAGAACUGUACCUAUGUCUUGUUCUUUUUUUUUUUUCUUUUUUUUUUUUUUUAAUUAGGGUAACAAGAAGGAAAAUCUUUACAGCUUAGUUAUUUAAGCCCUGAGAUAUUUUCCAUUAAGUAUGCCAAUACGGAUUCCAGAUUCAGGCCAGGCUUAGACUGCAACAACUUCAUAGACUUCAGAAGCAAGACUCCAGUUUAGGUAAGCAAAGCAGAAUUAUGCCAAGCAUUUGGAGACAGCAGCUAUUACAGAAACAAUCAAAAAAAUUCAUACACAUCCAGAAUGACCCAACAAAAAACUUAGAAAUCCCUUAAACACAGGCACUGCUGAAUUUAACCAUGGUAAAUCCAAAUUGUGUCCUCUUCCUUCUCCACCUUGCUUUCAGCCAGAGGUUACUGCUCCUGUAAUACGAGUGGAAAAACACUGCUCUUUUAUGUAGUCUUCACAGGCAGCUUAUGACAAAAAAUAUAAGGCUGUAUGCAAGAAUAUAAGGCUAUAAAAGAUUACAGCAAACCCUGCCAGUUCUUACCUGUCAGAGCUCUUAGAGAAAACUACUAAGGCCACACUUUGAAAUUUAUUUUAGCACUAUUUUUUUAAAGGCUGUCAUAAAGUUUAUGAAGGACAGAGUGCUUAGUCUUUCACCAUCCAGUAUGGACACCUGCUAACUAAGGGCAAACUGUGUUGUAAAGGUUUGCAUAAAACGACAAAGUGCAUUAAAAGCUUGAAAUUCUUUUCAGUGGAAGCUAAAUAUAAGUCAAUAUAUCUUAGAAGAAAAGCAUGGGGAUAGGGGAGGUGAUUGAUGGUGGAAGGCCAGAGGACACUUUUUACUACUUUUUGGCUGUGAGGCUCUCACCUGGGAACUGGUUUUGGCAUCUAAAGAUAGUUUUUCCAGAGUGCACAUCAGCUAACAGUCAGUUCUAGAACAGGCUGAGUGUGAAACACCUUGAGAAGCUGACAUUGUAUCAAAAAGCCGUGUGUUCUCCUUAAGUGGCCACAACAGGAGUCCCUUUUAAACAACAGGAGAAAUUGUCAUGGAUAUUGAAAGGCUGAACAAUUACUUAAUUUACUCUGAAGAGAAACAUUACUAGUACCAUUAUGUUGGUCAUAUGUUAAACCAUGUACAGCACCUGAAGAUCUAUGGUGACAGGUAAUUUAAACUAAAUCACAGUCCCAAAUGGUCUGGAAUCCAUUUGCAACAUUCCUCUGCAAGAAUGCAAGUUUCAGAGCUCAAAACAUGACUGAAUGACUUCAUUGAUAUUUUUCAUCUUUAUAAUGUGAACGCAACUGAAAAUUCUUGCUCACAAAUGCACAACAAAAUAUAAUUUAUGCUCCCACUAUGCAUUGUUAUAAGUGCACCAGUACAAAUUGCUAAAGCAUUGCCAGCAAAGCUUUUCUAAAAUUCAUAAAUGCUGGUUUCUUCACAGGUCUUCAAACUGCAUUGAAAUCCCUAAUUUUCAAAUGUUUUUUCUGUGUAUAUUUCAGUUUUGAAAAAAAACCCCAAAACCAGGUAAACAGAGUAAGCUGCAAUUAUGCUUUGCUUUUACAAUAACUCUAGCACUUCUAAUCAGGAAAAUGCAGAUAUUGGAUGCACUUGCCAAUUUUAAACAGUUUUACAUUUUACAUAUCUAUUCUCUGAUAACUGCUGAAAUAAUGUUCUUUAGUAACUAACUCACCAAAUUCCACAUGUUAUCACCCUCAACAGCAGCAUCUUCUUGGGCACACUAACUUCUUUUUGCAAUAAUGAAGCUAGUCUGCACACACGAAGAAAAGGCAUAAAAAUUCCAACAAACAUCAGCCACACAAUUUUUCUAGAAAAAUGAGCAAUUGAAACACAGGAGGCAAGAUUUCUACUGUGUGUUUGCAUUUUGCUUUUUCCAUUUACUGCAGAAACAAACUGUUCUGUUGCACUCACAUGGCUCUUCACCCGUUACACUUGCAAAACCCAAAGCCAUUUGUGGAGGGAAAUCAGUAGAGCAGCUGUCAACAGAAGAGUAAAUGUGAUGGUCCUGAUGUCAGCACCCAAGCAAAACACUGACUUUGGAACUCCAGCAACCUGACAAGACUGUGAAAGCUCACUUCACCCUUUUGUUGUAAGGUUUCAUGUUAGGAUUUAAUCUCCAAUUGAUCACACGUGUCAGAAAAGUGUGGGAUUAUUUUUAGUGCUUAGGAAUGCAGCAUCUUGUGCAUAGAGAGAGGCAGUACCUGGUCAGAAUCUGUUAAAUCUUCAGGAAAGGGCUUUGAGCAGGAGUAAAGAUGCAAGUCUUUUGCUAUCUCUACACAGGGGACAUUUUCCCUUCAGACUACCAGCUACUACAUUUCAGUGCCCACUCUUCUGGGCACCUGACAGAAACAGUCCAUGCUUUGCAUUGUAAUGUUUAUUUCUAAAGCUGGAAUUUCAAGCAUUUACAGUUACAGGGCAUAGCUUUAUGAGCUCUUCUCCAAUGAAAUAAUUUUUGUUGUUUGGUUUCAGACUGCUCCCCAGCACAACCUUGCUGACUUCUUUAAAAAAGCAUGAAGCUGUGUCUGUGCUCCUCUGGUGGUAGUAGUUUGUCAUCAGUCCUCACUUAAUAAAUUAACAAAGUCAUCCAUGAAGUGAGCUGGGGAAGCAGCAUCAUCCUGUGCUCUCCUGUGCAAUGCUGCAGCACACUACUAAAAAUAGCUGCUGCCUUUCACUCCAGAGAUGGAAGCUUCCUGAGAACAAGGCAUUUCUGUACUCGGGGUACAUGCACAAUAUGCAGCACACUGGUAUAUCACCACUUGUCCAUAUGUAAAGUGAAUAGAUUUGCAAUAUUUCCCCAAACAGAAAGCUGUCCCAGCCACACAGCAAGUAUGUUUCUAGUAAACACUUUUCGGCCUCCGCCCCACAGGCUUGAGCAGUUGCAUUUUAACUCAUGUUUUUUUAAUUUUAUUUCCACAACUGCCAAAGCAGUUCCAUGUUUCUGCUAAUCUUUUUUGAAAUAGAAGGAAGUGAAAAAUGUUUCAGGAGAAAUUUUGGAACAUCUUCAGAUUAUUUUUUUUAAAAAACAUAUUUUGUUUAAGUAGAAGCAAACAACAAGUUUUUGAUCUCAGCUCUCACAUACAAAUCUGAACCGUUCCACAUUUAGAUGGGAAAAUGGAAUCAAUCUAUUUCUGAACAGAACUGGCUCUGGGCAAGGAUAGGCAAAGCAUGGAAGCCACUCACCCAGAAGAGGGCAGAAUCUGGAGGGAUGUUCCCUGGGCAAAGGGAAAGGACGCACUGAAUCAAGGGAUGGAAGAAGAGAUCACAAAGGGUUCAAAUAUGGAUACAGGACUAUGAACCAGCCUGGGAAUCUGAAAGAAUUUGCUAUUGAGCAGAGAAGCAAAGCUGUGGCACAGCUUCCUUAGAAGCUCUGACAAUUUUGCAUUAAACAUCUGCUAAAACAGUAUUUGACCACUGUGUCAAAAGGACAUCUCUGAUGUGUGACUCCCAGUAAGGACAAACUGCAUUUGGCAAAGCAGUAAGCCACUCUGUGCCCAUGCUUCUAGCAGACACAGGAGAUGAGGAGUGCUGGCUCCCCCUCACUGCACAGCCAGUCUCCCAGCAGCACAGAAAUGCCACCAGGAACUAGUAGCUCCUUACCUCACCACUUCUGCCUGCCAAGAAAGCAUGAGAGCCCAGUGCUUUGCCUGUUCAGAUUCAGGAAGAAGGUGUUUGAAGAGCUUUGCUCAGCACAGCCAGCAUUCUGUGAACAGUGGCAGAGCUCGAAUUAACUGCACAGACUUCAUCUCAGCAAAAUGUUUUAAAAUUUUAAAAGUGCAUGAAUACUCCCAGUUAAUCCAUAAGGCAAAGAGCUGAAUCACAGACUGUGACAAGGCAGUCCCUGGAAAGCAGAUAGAUAUGUCAUACACUCCAUUUCUUAUUCCAGGAGCAUCCCAAGUCCAAUGUGUAGCAAGCAGCUCUAUAUGCAUAUAAGCUGAAAGGAGAAUGCCAGUUUCCAACACCCAGGAGGAAUGUUCAAAUCUGGAGUCUAAUUAACUUCACAAAUCUCCUUCACCCCUAGUGUAGGAAAGUUACAAAGGAAGAUUGAGUUGACUGCAUGCCAGACAUGUAGAUUCCAAACAAUGACAUUUCCCCUGAGCCCUCCACGAAGCUCAAACUGCAGUCAGGACAAGCAAGGACACCAGCUCACCCAGGCUUCAGGGCUGUCCACCAACCUGGGUCACUUCAGAGCCAGGUGGUGCUCUCUUGGGACUGUGCUUUUCCAGGAGCAGAGCUGUUCUCUCCCACAGAAGGAGCUCUAGCAUCACAACAGAGCAAGGCUGAUGUCUAGAACAUUCCUAGUCCAUUCCAGCAACUACAAGUGCUUGAGAUCACAGGGCAAUUUCAUUCCCUUCAGAAUAACUUGCCCCUAACCAUAGUCUUAUCCUAGUGAUGAGGUGAAGCUACAUCCACACUUCCUUCUCCAUAAGCACAGCAUCUCAUGUACCUUGUACCAAGGACUGGAGAACUAUUGCCAAGAGAUCCUCUUGUCACAUAUCCCUCUGACCACACAUGUGGGCACAUCUGCAGGUUGGGCAGAAAAGUGAUUGAGAGUAGCCCUGCAGAGAAAGACGUGGGGGUAAUGGUUGAGGAAAAACUCACAUGAACGCAGUGUGUGCUCACAGCCCAGAAACCCAAUGGAAUCCUGGGCUGCAUCCAUAGGAGAGUGGCCAGCAGGGUGAGGGAGGGGAUUCUGCCCCUCUGCUCUGGUGAGGACCUCACCAAGAGUACUGCAUCCAGCUCUGGGGUCCCCAAAAUAAGAAGGCCAUGGAAUGUUGGAGUAAGUCCACAAAGCUGAUAAGAGGACUGCCCCAUGAAGGCUGAGAACAUUGAGGCUGUUGAGCCUGAGGAAGAGAAGGUUGUGUGGGUACCUCAUAGAAACCUUCCAGUAUUUGAAGUGGAUCUACAGGGAAGCCAAAGAGGGACUCUGUUGGGAACUGUAGUGAUAGGACAAGGACUAAUGGGUACAAAUUGAAAGAGGGGGUAUUUAGAUUAGAGAUUAGGAAGAAAUUCUUUACAGUGAGAAUGGUGAGACCCUGGAACAAGUUACACAGAGAAACUGUGGAUGCCCCAACCCUGACAGUGUUUGAGGCCAGGUUAGAUAAGGCCUUGGGCAACCUGGUCUAGUGGGAGGCAUCCCUGUCCAUGGCAGGAGUAUUUAGACUAAAUAAUCCUUAAGGUCCCCUCCAAACCUUAACAUUCUGUGAUUCUAAGAGCAUUCCCUAUUCUGAUAGGACUUUGGUUUGCCCCUGUGUAGGGGUUUGCACUUCCAGGUUCCUGUAUUCCCUUAGGAAAGUGUAUUCCAGCUUAGUUCAACAGUUUAAGAGGAAAAGCUUGGCAAUUUCUACUGUACCUUUGAGAACUUACUCACUGGCUUAAAAUCUGAUGUCAAACCCGGCAUCAAGUGAUCUAGGUAAAAUGGCAUGGUUCUGAAAAGGCCUGGGGAAAAGGCCAGCUCAGCCCAAACUGAUGCAACACUUCCGAACUAUUCCCAACCCAGCCAAUUAAUGUGCAUUGAAUAUUUUUGGAGAACAGAUGCCACUACGAGUUAUUUCAUACCUGCAUGGUGUCAAGUCUUCAGUGGCAGAAACACAAGCUUUCACAGAAAACAGUGACAUCCGCCAAUUCAAAUAGGAUCUCAUUGAGACCAGUAGACAUAUUCAAAAGACUCGUAGGCAAUUUCAGCAAAAUGGAAAAGGCCUGGUGUAUUAAGACUGAAAGCAAAAGGAUCUAAAAUAGCCAUGAGGAGCUUUCAUUGAGAUCAGCUUGAGAGAGGAGCAGGAAUUAACUUUUAUUUGCUGGACAGGAAGGUAAGCAGCAAGUUUUAACAGAAAUUUCCAUUUCCUAUUUGUCAGCCUUUUCUUAAACUGUUCCGUGUUCAUGAGAAACUUGCAACUCCAAAGAGAACGCUUUAAGCACCCCGACUCCUAGUAGCAAAUCAAGCAGGGUUUCAGUGCUAUUCACUUGAAUAGCAUUCAGUCAGUCAGAGAAGCUGAAACAAUAACAUAUGUGAAACAGCUUGAAUCUUGAGGAUAUGAUCUAUACAGAAUUAGUUAACAGAAUUUUUUUCUUUAAACCCACACACUCGCCAUAACAUUCAUUUAGUAAAUCUGAAUAAGAACUGCAUUCAAGAGAACACAAUCUGCAUGUGAACAUUCUGUGAAGAGAAGAAUGAAUUCCAUGAAUCAAUAAUUUGCUUCAAUUGUCUUGGUUCUGUUUACUAUCUACGCUAUGUCUGAUGAGCCUUAACUUAUUAAUGUUGGACAUCCUCUGGUUUAAAUCUCAGUAUAAGGCUCCGACCGAACAGUCUGUGUUAACUUUGACUUCAAAGAUAAUUCAGCAUCUGCAGAAGAUUUUUCCAGAUUGAGAUGGACUUUAUUAGCUCUGCUGUCAUAAGUUCAGAAAAAAAUAUUUCUGCGUCAUGCCAGUUUGAAGCAAGAGGCCCUUCAUUCAAUAUCUCUUAUUUUGCAAAACAAUACUUUUUAUAUUAUGUUGAUAUCAUAUAUAGUAUUGUAGUUAACAUUAACAUAAUAAUGAUGACAUAUGUGCUAUUACCAUUACAACGUUGGCGUGUUGAUUUUUAAUAUUGACAGAGCUGCCUGAAAUAUCUACUGUUUACAACAUUUGUUCUAGCUAAAGAGAUUUGGUAGCAUUUGCUAAUCAACUGCAACCACUUCCCACCCAUAAAACUGAUGCAAAUAAGGGGAAAAACAGCUAGAGGGAUCCAAAGACAUAAACACUUUUACUUAUAACUCUGUAAAGAGAAAUCCCUCUCUCUCUCUCUCCAUAUGGCUUUCUCUUGGCUCUUAAUCAUCUUUUCAUUUCUUUCCAGCUGGCUGUCUCACUAUCAAGACCAACUUGCUAUGCCAAAGUCAGCCUCAGAAAGAUGAGAGCUGCAGAGUGGCAUGACUGGAUGCAGCAGUUUUUACUAGGGGCAAGUCUAGCAUAAAGGGUGCAUAGCAGGGUCACUUCACUUGCCUCACCAAGCAGGCCCUGCUGUGUUCCCAAAACACAGCAGCAGGUCGAUGUUCACACUUUUCAGUAGCGGGAGCGAAGAGCAGCUACUACAAUUGAAGCUACAGGGAAAUUCUGCAGGCAGAAGUGUAAUUACCUGAGUGGGAAUUCUGGCAGAAAACCCAGACCUCUUUCUCUCCUUAAAUAGAAACAAAUACUGUGCAGUCACCAUGGAGAGAUUACGUACAGCAUUUGGAUCACAUACAGCACUGAAAUACAACACACACACAAGAGAGCCAGCCAUGGAGCUGGUUUAGCAAAGCACAACCACGUCGGGUCUCCACUGACUAGAGCCACCAUUUUAGCCAUCAUCCCAGUCUUACAAAUAUUAAGCUAUCUGUCAAAAUUCUCACUCUGCAUUAAAGGUCAGCUCUGCAAGCUGUUUAGUCCAUCUGGGAGUACCUAGAGCCUGACAUGACAUGAAUGAGACAGAGAUGGAAGCACUCACAAAUUGAUCUCCCACCACCCAGACUGGAAAUGACAGCAUUGAUGGAACAGAGACAGACCCUCACAGGCUGGGGCAGCUUGACUAAAAGGGACUUCGAAGGACAGAGCCCAACUUGAAGAUGAGACAAGUGAGGAAAUCUACCCCGAGGAGCCACCAUGAAGAUUUACUUCUUUUCAGGAUAAUUUCACAGGAAAUUUCUAAACAGAAAGUUUCGAGAUCAUGCUUCAAUCUUCUUCUUCAACACCAAAAAAAGACAUACCGUACCAAGAUACUUCAACCAGAUUUUUCUCCUGAAUGGAUUGGUAAACCAGUACAAAUUCACAUCACUUGUCAGCAUUGCCCACUCAUCCUGCUUUUAUUUUUUGCCAGAAUGCGUUUUGCUGUAUACUGGCUCCUGACAUUUGCAUGCUCUGACUGACAGCUGAACCCCAGUGCUUUUUGGGUAACUGGUUCGGUUAUUUUAGGAGCAGUACAAAGUCAGCUACAGGGUGGUAGAUGUUCUGUAUUUUUGUUUUACAACUGAAAAAUAAGACAACGUUGUCAUACUCACGCUGCUUAUGAAGACUGGCAGACGUCAAAUAUCUGCAAUUUUGAUUUGGUCCAGGCAUUUGUCAUACAAGAGCUCUCACUUCUGCCAAUAGAGACUGGGCAGAUGGUAGAACUGUCAGCUGAGGGCUUCAAAACACGAUGGGUCUUGGCCUUAAAGUUGCUCAUUGUUUAUUCAUGUCUAAUAUGUGGAAGCUAAACAGACACUCAGAAGAGUUAUUUGAUAACUUGUUUUUUAGUCCUAAUGCUGUCUAUAAAUAUAUAAUUGUUGAAAUGCUUAUGAUCAGACUCAAAUGUAGCAAUGCUGUUGCAACAAAAAUCACAUACCACAAAAACGCAUGAAAGUUUGGGUCCAUUUAACAGACAAACAUAGUGAUCUUUACAACAUGGCUCAUUAAUAGGAUUUUACUACACCAUCCUAGCCUGGCUUUCUUCAACCAGAUCACAGAACCCUUAAGAAUUAAAACUGUCAAGAGCUCCUAUGGACCCUCUUUGGGAACAUGCUCAAAAAUUGGCUUCACAGGUCUCCAGCAUAAGCUGCCGUGCUUUCCAGAAUGUACCGCUCUGGGUGUAACUGGACUAGGCACCUGCACCAUUCUUCAAGCCACUCAAAUGUUUAAUGCAAACUUUAAGCAGAGAGGAGAGGCACCAGCUGGCCUUCUCCACUGGACAGUCUCACUCUAUGCAACAUCUUAAACAAAAACUCUGGCAUUGGAAAUACAUCAUGAAGCUUUGCUUGAAUACCAAGUGCUGUACAAGUAUUGAGUCUUAAUGUCUACAUCUUUUGAAGACACACUGUUCACCAAUGAGUUCAUCAGUAAAUCAUCACCCUUAGAGGAAAGAGAGAGGCAUACCAUCAUUCUUGAGGAGUUGAGGAUGCAGGGAAUAAUCAAGAGUCAAAGUACCACUGCCAGAACUGUAGAAGCAUAUGAGGACAAGAGAGAUGCCCUGGCAAAGACACUGAAGAAACCCCCAGCUAGGCUGGAAGAAAAAUUUGGAAAUGAGCAAGUGGGUGAUUUUACAGUGAAGGACAUGAAACCUUCUGCUGAAGCAAAGAAACACAUCAUCUAACUCCGCUGUGUAUUUUUCCUGUUUGCUUUAUCAGCCGAAACCCUCUACUUUUUUAUAAAUCAAGCUAAUGCAGACAGUUAAUGUACAACCUACUACCAAAAUAUGAUUAACUGCAGUACAGUUGGUCUUAUAUUCAUCUCAGAGAUGUUGCAAGUCCAGGUUUUUUUGCUGAAAGCCUGGAAGAUUACUCUAAAAAUAUUCACAAGAGAGGAAACUUCUGGAGCAGUCUUUUUUUGUUCCUACAGCAAAAGAUUCACAGCCCAUGGACACCAGAACAAAUUGACUAAAUUCAGUGAUAACUGGAGUAUUCUUCUGAUCACAUUUGGGGUAGAAAGACAGAAAGAAUUGCUGCAUGUUUUUGACAAAUACCUGCUUUCAUCCCUCAUUACAGAGCAUUGAGCAUUUUGUUGUUUUGUUCUAGGUUAGGGAAGAGGAACUGAACAAAAUGCCACAACACAUUAUAUAAUUUCCACACCCCCCCCCCCCCCGCCCCCCAGAAACUGCUCACCAAACCACAAGUAAACAGACUGAAAAGGACUGCCCAGGUUUUGAAAGUCAGGGAGGUACAGAAGACACCCUCAGCCCUCACCAUAGAUGCUGAGCCAGGGCUGCUGCUGAAGGAAAUAACUGCAGUAGGCAGAACAAUUUUACUGAGGGGGACACUGUCACUGAGUCUUGGUAACUUACAGCUGCAUCAAUGAAUCAACCUGUGUCUGUCUUGCAAAAUGAAGAGCUGCUCUGUUCCCUGCAAAUGUCUUUUUUGAGGGCAUAAGUAAAUGAUUUAUCAGGGGGCACAGCUGAGUCUUGCUGCUACCUGUCUCACCUGGGAAAAGGUAUCUAAUCUGUGUGUAACAACACACUAAUUAGAAGAAACAGGUGAGAAGAACCAGGAAGAGGCAAAUCAGUAAUGAGCCAGUCGCUAAGUUCAAGCACACACACAUUAUCAUGAGUCUAUAAAAUUGAACUUACUAUUAUUAUAUUAUUAAAUUUAUCCAACUUCUUUAAUGACUCUAUAAAAAGAUUCCCUGUUCCUAGGGAUCAGGUGGUUGGAAUCACAUUGUAUGCACACAAGAAGACACAAAAGGAGCACACAGGGAAAAAGCCUUGACCAGCAGGGAUUUAGAGCAGUAGAAAAACAUGGUGGGACCCUAAGAAUUUUAACUUACUGUGCAGAGAGACUGGCAGAGAGGCGAGACCUUCAGACAGUAAGGUGAAAACAGGCCCCAAGAACAUUUAUUUGACAAGCACUGAAUAUAUGAGAAAACAACGAAUGGGCUGAGAUGUACAGAGAACAGGUGAGUUGCAAGGAGAUUACUCUUUCUAUUCCAGAGUUGUAUAUCUGGUCAGUUUCUUGACUUUGGAAUCCUCUAUGCCCUACCUUGAAUGGGCAUAAAACAUUCACUACAGCCAGCUCUUCCAAAAACAAGUACAGCAAUUAUGCCAUUUGCAGUCUUCCUGCUAUCAGCCCUGCCAUCACCUCCUGGUCCAUGCCCACUUCCAUUUGGGCCACUGGCUUUGCCCACCUCCCUUCCUCACCAAUCUCACACCAUGCUCACCUCUGCUCCUGGCCUGGCUUUUUACUUUCUUACCUUCAGCUACAGGUGACACAUUCUUCCUUUCCACUUUCCCAGCCAAGGAAAUCCAGCUGCAGUACAGGACCACUCUCCUCUCAAAUCACAGGCCAAGCACUGCAGAACAGAUUAAAAGAUAGCCCCGAUUUUUACAGCUUUGUGACAGUUCUCCUAUCACUCUUAGGAAUAAAAAAAGCUUUCCUGCUUUUGCCUCUCUUGACAGACUUGUACUAAAUCACUAAGGGGAGGAGCAAGAGAUCAUCUCGUUUCCUAAGCAGCUGGGUUCCUACCUGAGAACAUGAGAAAGGCAGCCCAUUACCUAGAGCCUACUCUUUCAGCCCACCUCCAGGCCUGGUCCACUUGGCAUGUUUUUUUUUUAAAAAAAGUAUUAGCAAUAGAGAAGAAAACCUGAAAUCACCCUGUGUUGCCUGGAAAGAACAAUGGAGAAACAGGAAAAUGAGGAAAAAAACCCUUAGAAAAUAGAGGAACCUUACUCAGCUGGUUCAAACCUUUCCAACAACCUGACAAAUAGGAAAAGUAAGAGACCUGAGGAAAUGUUCUCUCUACACAGUUAACCCAAGUUGUUCCUUGAAUUUUGUUUCUUAGGUACAUUUAGCUAAGGUUAUCUAGUCAGGUAUAGAAUAAAAACUGUUGUAUGCAUAUGCAAGCAUCCAUACAGACUGUUGCACUGAGUUAGAGUAAUCUGCCUGUGCUGGCAAUGAAGUUACUCAAGUGCUAAUAGUGCCUUGCCAUGGUUUCAGAAGGGCAAAUGACUGUCUCUGCAGCCAAUGCAGUUUCUUCCAUUAUUUCCUGGACAAGAAUUUUAACUCCCUGCAGCACAAAACCCCAUAAACUCCUGAUGAUAUAGAGAAAAGCACAGCAUCGGUAGAAGUGUGCUUUUGUAGCAGGACCACUCGUGGUGCUGUCUGGCUCAUCUGUGUGUCACACAUGAUUGUUAAUCUCUCAAAUAAACUAUUCAGCAGAGAUACCUUGGAAAAAGCAAUGAGUCGUGUAGGACUAAUAGCAGGCUACCUCAGAUAAACUCCCUAGAAUCAAAGACUUGAGAUGAAGCUGGGGCAUGGUGUAGAUCAGCUGCUGGGCUGAGAAGUGAUGCUGUCUAGCUUGUCAGCUUUACUUGGGGAGGGCACAAAUCUGUUUCAGAAGUGAAACACUCAAUUCUUCAUCCUGUGCACAUCCAAGGACUUAACCCCAGAGCAGGAUGCUUCUUGGAAGAGGCUGAAUACUGUGUGGAAGGCAACUUCAGAAAAAAAGCCCACAUGGAUUUCUCCUUUUACAAUCUUCACAACAACUUUAAUUAUUGCCUUGAUUAGGAGGAUCUGCUGAAACCCACAAUUUCAUGCUUUUUCACACAAUAAGCUUCUGAGCCUCUUCCUGCAUUAAAAGAUACAAACUCUUGGCUGGGCACACAGUUUAAAUAUUUUCUGAAUUUAGAAAUAAUUUUAAAAUAAAGACCAAAUGUCUCUGUUGAGUAAACUAA